CUGCAACAUUGUUCCAACAUUGCCACGCUGUGUUCCGCUAAAAAUCGUCGUUGCAAAUCGUUCCGUGUGACAUCAACUAAGUCAGAAGAAGAAGAAAAGGAGGCUCUGUUUGAAUCGCGUCGAGCCGUUGAAGUCGCCAAAGCCCGAAGUUCUCUAUCGUUUUACCGGUUUUCAGGAUGCGAGCAUCCAUUUUUUGAUAAACCGCUGGUCACAACUGAGCCCGUUGUACCAACGGCAAAGCUGUUCGGCCUGGGUUCGAAACUGUAUCCCAGCACCAAGAAGCGCAUGCUCAACAAAGAUCAUGCGCGAUUCAUGCAGGGUCUUUCUCGAGUACAUCAAAAUGGAGCACAUCAAUAAGGUGACCAAAAUUCAGGAUAACGUCAACGACGUUUAAAGACUUCAAACCAUUUGGAUGUUACGUUUUUUUUUUCAAGCAGGAAUUUGUAAAGCAUCACUAAAAAGUAUGUCAGUAUCCUCAACAGCGAGUGAUGACCCCGCUGAUAUACAUAGUCUCGGACCAAACUACUACAACACCCUUGAAAGUAGCCUCACCCCACCGAGCGCGUGGCGAUGGAGACUC